CAUCCUCUUCACCUACUAUAAGCACCACUGGCUGGUCUGGUCCUCGCAACCGGUUUGCGCACCCUCGUUUCUGCAACUGGCAUUGCAGCGCGUAGAUAGUACUACUACUACCCCCCUCCUCUAAUCCUCACUCCCAUCCCCCUCCCCCUACCCCCCAACACACAACUGCCCACGAUGAGCCCCAUUGCGCAGGCCGCAACAAUUCUCUCGCUCUCCCUCCUCAGCCUCUCCCAGCUGAGUGUGGCGGCACCCGUCGUCCUCACCCACCACCUCCAGCCCAAGCGGUACAAUCACCAGCUCCCCAACGCCCACAAGUGGGACACGUACACUGCGCUGCCGACCACCACUGCUACGUCCGACUGGAACUCGAACGACGGCAGCUCGUGGGACAACAGUGGCAACAGCAACAGCGACGGCUCGUGGAACGACAACACCGACUCGUGGGCGCCAGCACCGACCACCACCACCUCGGCGUGGUCCAGCUCCCCCACGACCUCGAGCUCGGCGUCAAACGGAAACGCGGGCACUGACCUCUCGGCCAAGCCCCCACGGCCGCAGACCGACAAGUUGCGAGGCGUCAACCUGGGUGGCUGGCUUGUUCUUGAACAGUGGAUCACUCCCUCAUUGUUCUCGAAGGCAAGCGGCGGCCCUGUCGAUGAGUGGACCUGGGGUCAGAACCAGGACAAGGGCCAUGCGACCCAGCUGCUCCAGCAGCACUGGGACACCUGGAUCACCCAGGACGACUUCCGCCAGAUCGCGGCCGCCGGCCUCAACUCUGUCCGUAUCCCCAUCGGCACGUGGGCGUUCGCCCUCUACGAUGGCGAGCCAUACAUCACUGGUGCGCAGGCGUACCUCGACAAGGCUAUCGGCUGGGCGCAGCAGUAUGGCAUCCAGGUGCUCAUUGACCUGCACGGUGCCCCCGGCUCGCAGAACGGCUUCGACAACUCGGGCCACGCGGGCGACAUGAACUGGCCCAACCAGCAGUCCUACGUCGACUUCACCGUCAAGGUCAUCUCCCAGAUUGCUCAAAAGUACACGCAGGCCCAGUACCGCCAGACGGUCACGGCCAUCUUCCUGCUCAACGAGCCCGCCGGCUUCAAGGGCGGCAACCUCAUCGAUGCCCUCCGCGGCUACCACAACCAGGCCAUCAACGUUGUCCGCCAGGCGGACAGCACGAUCACCGUCAUCCUCCACGACGCCUUCAUGACCCCUUCCUACUGGAACGGCGACAACAAUGGCGACAAGAACCUCAUCAUGGACACGCACUACUACCACGCGUUCGACCCCGCAGUGCAAGCGCUCAACUGGCAGGGCCAGAUCCAGCGCGUGUGCGACGCCGCCGGCCUCUUCACCGGCGCCAACAAGCCCGUCAUGGCUGCCGAGUGGUCGCUCGCCAUCGGCGGCAACAACCUCGGUACCGACAACUACGGCGACUUCCUCCGCCGCUUCUUCGACGUCCAGACGCAGACUUUCGAGAAGUUUGGCGCCGGAUGGACCUUCUGGUGCUGGAAGACGGAGAACAGCGCAGAGUGGAGCUACAAGGACUCGCUUGCCAACGGCUGGAUCCCCCAGGACCCCACAAAGCACACGUACUCUUACGAGUCGCUCUGCGGCGGUGGUGGCGGCGGCGCUGUGGCCACCAACAACAACAACAACGGGGGUGGCAGCAGCAGCGGCGGCGACAACUCGAACAACAACAACAACAACGGUGGUGACAGCGGUAACUCGUGGAACAACAACGGUAACGACAACAGCAACGGUAACAACAGCGGUAACGGUAACAAUAACGGUGGUGGAGGCGGCAAGAAGGGUGGCAAGAAGGGAGGCAACGGCGGCGGCGGCGGCAACGGUGGCUGGAACGGCAACUAGGCUGCUGCUGCUGCCACCACCUCCCUCUUGGCUACUAUUUUGUAGUCGUACAUAUAGACAUGGCCAGCGGGUCUGCACAUGCAUACAUGGCGAC